CAAAUGAGUAGCGGCGGAUUUCGCAGCAGCUCCAGCUUGCUCCAGGGCCGGCGUUUCUACUGCCGGGAAUGGGCCCUGGACAAGCUGCAGCGCUGCCUGGACACCCGCUCUGUGCCGGGACAACCGCCGGGGCUGCUGGUGACAGGGGGCCCCGGCACCGGAAAGACGGCCCUGUGCACCGAAGUGGUGUGGCCCACUUCCAAAGCAGGGUUGGCGGUCGGGCUGGCACCACGUUGCCUGGCCUCACACUUCUGCCAGUGGGAGGACCAGAGGAGUACUUUGCUGUGGAGGUUUGUCCUGGGCCUGGUGGAGCAGCUGAGGGCCUCACCUCUCCUUUCUCCUGGGUACGAAGAGAUUCUCAACAGCCCCUCUGUAUCCUCAUGUCUGGAGCCUGUCGCCUGUCAAAGAGACCCCGAUGACACCUUCAAGAGAGCAGUGUUGGGACCCCUCUUGGACCUUCCUCCUCCUGCCCAGACUCUGAUGGUAUUGGUGGACUCCCUGGAUGUAGGGUAUAAGGCAGGCGAGGGAGGUGGGGAGAGCAUCUCCAUUGCGCAGCUCCUGGCCGCCAAUCAACACCUGCUGCCUGGCUGGUUGCUCCUGGUCUGCUCCGUCCGCCGCCACAACAAGGCUGUGUGCAAGAUGUUCUCAGGUUUUCAUAGGCUCUCUCUAGACGAUCUGCGCAAACCCCCGCCAGUCCGUGACGUGCAACAGUACAUCCUCUGCCGCCUGGAUGAAGACGCAACACUUCGGCGUCAGCUCACCCCUGACACGGCGGACAUGCUGAAUCUGCUGCACAUCAAGAGCGGCGGCUGCUUUCUCUUCCUUGAGCGUGUGCUGGAUGGUGUGGCAGGUGCACUGGUAGGUCUCAGGGAGAUCCGUGACAUCCCUGGGACUCUGAAUGGCCUCUACCUGUGGUUGUGCCAGAAGCUGUUCCCCCGGGGGCUCUUUGUCUUUGUCAGGCCUCUCCUCAAUGCCCUCUUGGCUGCUGCGAGGCCCCUCACGCCACAGCAGCUUUUCACAGCAGCCCGGACACAUGACACCUCGCUCAACCCCCAGGACUUCCAGAACAAGCUCCGAACCCUCACACCUCUCCUGAUCGAUGGCCCUGGGGGCACCAAACUACUUUUUCAUGCCAGCUUUGCUGAGUGGCUGACGGACGUUAAGUAUUGCACACAGAAGUACCUGUGUAGCAGAACAGAGGGUCACAGCAUGCUUGCCAUGGCUCUGACUUUGCAGGGACCCCACCUGGACAUUGAGGACACUUGCCAGCUAGCCACACAUUUAGUUUUAUCAGGUCACCAUAAAGAUAACCCCUCAUUAUUGGCAUUGUGGAUGCUGUGGGCAGGUGUGCCUGCUCUUACGACUAGUGGCAGUAGUGCCCUCACCACAUCCAUUACCCAGCCUCCUGUUCUAGUCAGCCAGGAAGUGCUUCAGCUGUUAAUGAGUUGUGGGCUCGUCACUGCAGCCUGUCUUUCAGAUGCACACCCAAGUGUUGGAGUGUAUUGUACAAGUGAAGAGGGAAGUAGUUUAAGACCAGCAUUUGAAAGGGACGCGUCUGUAAAGAAGCUUCUAGGCUGCAGGGUUUCUGUUAACCAUCUUGGUUCCACAGACGGACAGACCUUGCUUGCAAGUGCGGCCCAGGAGGGUUCUGUAAAUGUAGCCAAACUUCUCCUGGCACGCGGAUAUGAUCCACUGGUCAGUGAUCAACAGGGUCAAACGCCACUGACUUUGGCUUCCAGGCAGGGGCAUGUCAAAGUGUUGUCUGUGCUCUUGGACUGGACCAAGAGCCAGGGGCCGGAAACUGCUGUGCGGAUGAUGGAGCAUGUUGACAACGAAGGCUGGACAGCACUACGCUCUGCAGCAUGGGGAGGACACAGCGAGGCUGUCCGGCUUCUGCUGGAUGCAGGAGCAGAUGUGGAUGGAUGUGACGCCGAGGGCCGGACUGCUCUCAGAGCUGCCGCGUGGGGAGGGCAUGAGGAAGUCGUCCUUACCCUGCUGGACUAUGGGGCACAGGUUGACAAAGCUGACAGCAAGGGCCGCACGCCGAUUAUCGCUGCUGCAUAUAUGGGACAUCAUGAAGCCGUGGAGAUAUUGCUGGACCACGAAGCAGAAGUUAACUUGGCUGAUGGAGAUGGGCGCACUGCUCUGUCAGUCGCUGCCCUCUGUGUUCCUACAGCAGCAGGGGUCAAAGGUUAUGGUGAAGUAGCAAGUCUGUUACUGGAGCGUGGAGCAGAUCCAGGACACAGAGACCAUGAUGGAAUGACACCGUUGCUUCUUGCAGCUUACGAGGGCCAUGAUGACAUAGUUGAGCUUCUGUUAGAAGCUGGGGCUGAUGUAGAUGAGACUGCUGGCCCUAAUGGCAAUGUCCCAGCAGCAGCGGCUGUUACUCCCCUCCUGGCAGCUGCAGCAAUGGGCCACAUGAAGACGGUGUCACGUCUGCUUUUCUGGGGAGCAGCUGUGGACGCCAUUGAUUGUGAAGGCAGAACGGCACUCUGCCUGGCAGCAGCAAGAGGCAGCGUUGAGGUGGUCCGCGCCCUGCUAGACCGAGGCCUGGACGAGAACCACAAGGACGACCUCGGCUGGACUCCACUGCACGCUGCUGCCUGUGAAGGCCAUCGGGGUGUGUGCGCUAUUUUGACGGAGCGAGGCAGCAUGGCACGUGUCGGAGAGAUGGACAUUGAAGGACGCACCCCUCUAAUACUGGCUGCCCAGGAAGGUCAUUGGAGCACUGUCAGGCUGUUGUUGGACAGACGUUCUCCCAUUGAUCACAGGGCAUACGAUGGACAUUCUGCCUUGAGUGCCGCCCUCCUGGAGGGCCAUGUUGAGGUUGCCGAGCUGCUUAUGAGGCGAGGGGCUGAUACUGAUGUUCGGGAUGCAGAGGGAAGGCCUCUGCUCUACCUACUGGUGUUGGAGAAUCGCCUUGAAAAGGCUAAUCUCCUUAUAGAGAAAGGAGGCGUACCCCUGGAGUCCCGAGACUCUGAGGGCCGUACAGCACUUCAUGUGGCUUCCUGGCAAGGGUGUGUGGAGAUGGUGGACCUACUGCUAAAACAUGGGGCAAACCCCAAUGCACAGGACACAGAGGGGAGACCACCAAUCCAUUCAGUAGCUUGGACAGGACAUGCUGAAGUAGGAAAUCAUCUCCUUGAAAACAGUGGUGUCAUUAUUGACCUUGCGUGUCACCAGCGGGCAACAGCUCUCAGCAUCGCAGCCCAGGAGGGACAUGCAAACAUUGUUGCAAUGCUUCUGGAAAGAGGUGCAAAUCCCAAUCACAUGGAUAAAUAUGGCCGUAGUCCAGUCAAAGUGGCUGGUAAACACGGGCACUUUAACAUCGUUAGACUUUUGGAGAGCUACGGAGCCAAGCCAUAUGUAGGCCGGUUGCCCAACUCUAGUACUGUCUCCCCUUCAAAAUCCAACAAGAUCCUCUCCUCGGGCUUCUUCGAGAGUAAUGGAGGUGAAGUGACGGCUCUAACCUCCUCCUCUUCAGUCUCAUCUCCCGGCUCCACUGCCGAACGGUUCCACUCCAUGCAGAGCUCCCAAACCUCAUCUACCUGCCACUCGCUGGCUACGCUGCAGACAGUGCCAGCUGACAGCCUCAGCUUUAUUCAGCAAAUCCAACAGCACUCACUGCCUCGCAGUCGUAGUCGUCCCUCCACCCUCCUCCUGCCAGGGUGCUCGGGCAUGGGCAGCCUACAUGGAAGCAGUCAGAGGCAUCCCAAAGGCAGCCCUCCUUCCACUGUUUGCACAGUCGCUGCCAUGGUACACAACUGCGAACUGCCUCAGAAAGGCUUGUCGUCUGGACUUGAAUAUCACGACAAAAUGAACAAACAAAACUCAAACCUAAUUAAAGCAGACAGGACUACUUCUGCUGGUGGCAAAUGGAACUCCGUCAUGGCUUCCCUUGGGAUAAUGCCAGGGCAGGACAGCCCUGCAGUAGGUGCUAAAAACCGAGAAAGUCCUCCUUUAGGCUACCCAUAUAGACUACAGAGCCCACUUCAAGGGGAAGCUUGGGAUUCUCUACCCGAGAAGAACAUUUUGUCACCUGCUUGCUACAGUUUUAGCCCAGUCCAACCUUGUAGUGCCUUGCCGGAGGAUGUUAUGGUUGGUAUGACAACCACAGACCCGCAACUUAAUCUGAAACAGGCCAUCAAACUGCAGUUUGAAGGGCCCACCAGUGCAGCCUUAUAUAAGAGAGAGACACCCCUGUGACUGGUAUUCCAGUACGUGAAGUUAUCUAUUGCU